UGGGCGCAUCAAUCACCGAUUCAAGUAACUCGACGUUCUCUUUGUCUUAAUUACGGAGUGGUUUUGAAAUUUGGUUGCUCUUCAAACAUUCUCGAAUUUGGCGUCGAUAAUAUUCCCUAAAAGCUAAGCCGAAUCGUUGAUCGAAACGACAGCAGUCAAGUCAUUGCGACAAAAUUAAAAUGCCCAGCCUGAAAGUGAUAGAAACCAGCAAAAUCAGCACCGCCGAAUCGUUCGCCAAUCCUCCUCCAGAAAGUGGUGCUUCUGAAGAAUGCAAUGCCUCAAAGGAAUCAUCAGCUGCUAAUUCCUCCGGAAACAAUAACGGGAACGCGGCCAAAGAACAGCCGGCCAAUCCGUUGCAACAGAUUGUACUGAUUAUCGAGCAUAAGAUUCGCAAUCUGGAGAAACGUAAGAACAAGCUGGAAUCCUACAAGUCGAUCGAAAAAUCCGGCAAGAAGCUCACCGGCGAUCAGAAAACCGCUGUUUCGAAGUAUGACGAGUGUUUGACGUCCCUGGAAUUGACGAGGGAGCUGUGCAAGCAGUUCCAGACGAUUGUAGCGACUGCCAACAAGGAGGCGAAAAAGGAAGCCAAGCGGAGCGUUUUCAUUCGGGCGCAGCAAGAUAACGCCAAGAUCCGAGAAGUUCUGACUGUUCAGGACGUCCUGAAACGCUUCACCGAGGAGAACGUGCGUGAAGAUUUCCGCGAAGGAACGAAUGGAGCCUGUAAGAUCGCCGAUAGUGAUCUUCUGCAGCUGGAACAGCUGUACGAGGAGACCUUGGCGAAGCGCCCGAAAACGUCCGCUGAACCGACGUUUGUCUCUGCGGUCAAACAAGCAGCCGAUCAUUUCUGUGCCAUAGUAGAUGGCCGCACCAAACCUUUUGGCGAUGUUACUUACGUGCACCUCAAGAAUGUAAUUGCGGAGAUUCAGAACUGCGGUUAUUUUGAAAAAGAUAUCGUGACGGUCCAGGAAGAUGAUACGGAGAAUGUAGAAGAGAAGGAUGAAACGAUGGAAGCAGAAGAAACUGAAGUGACUGACCAACCCCAGGAAUUGGAACCCGUGGUAAUGGUGGAACAGACUAGCCUAACGAAGCUGGAACCGGAUACAGUGCCCCCGGCACCUGUGGCUUUGGUUAACGAGGCUCCUAACUUGAAAGUUUUUGCUGAAGCUCCAGCUGCAACUGCAGUUCCUACACCAUCCUUCCCAACUCAGCCCAGUAUGGUACGCCAAGUCGCUCCAAAUCCUUCCGCUCCAGUCCCUGAAGUUGUGGCGACGCCCACUAUGGUUGCUCCACCUGUUCAUAUUCCGGCGCAGCUAAUCAAUGCUAAUAAUGGACUACCCACUGCAAACACGCCCAAUAUGCAUUCUGCGGCUCCUAUCAUUGUUCCUACUGGACCUGUCGCUGUUCCUAUGAUGCAGCCGGCCGCCGCCGCUCCAUUACCAUCAGUUCCGGCACAACAACUUAAUGCCACCACUGUUCAGGCCGUCGAGAAUGCUUACUUCAAGCAACACUACAUUCAACAGCAGAUGCGUCCCAUUCAUGAGGUAAUUGGUACAGGAAACUUUUUCUUCUUGCAAGAGUCUGAGAUCGACAAGCCAGAUGUAAUUUCUUCAACGGUUCCGUUCGGAAAUCCGAUGAAUACGAAUAACGUCGCUGCUCAACCGCCACAUCCGCAAGUGCUCUUGGGACAGGCAAACAACGCUUCCAACCAAACUCCUGUCGAUCAGGGCGUACCUGCUCAACCUUCACCAGCAAUGAUCGCCCCUCAGCAACCAAACUUAAUGAUGGGCACACAACAGUCGAACUUCAACAACCAACCCUUCCAGAAUCUGGCGCCUUCCGUUCCAAAGGCCUACAAUCAUCCGUUGCAAAACCAGCCAAUGGAAACAAGGCCAUUAAGCCAACCAACAAUGAAUGCCAUUCCACAUUCGAGGUCGCCAAUUGUUUCCAAAGCUCCCGAACUUGGUCAUAUUCCAGGCUUUACCACAAGUCACACCACGGUCGUUUCGACGCAAUCUGUAACCAACAAGGAACAAAGUUCUCCAUCAAUGCAACAGGAAGAUCUACAAAACAACGCACAAAGACAGGCGGUGCAAAAAACUCAACUGCCGCAACAAAAUCCAAUGGUUGGCCAACAGCAAACCCCCGGAAUGAAUGCACCUUAUAACUCUAAUUUGCAACAGUAUCCUUCGAUGGUUCAAAACAUGCAUGAGUCGCCGAAUCCGGCCGUGAAUGCUAAUUUGACUCAAAAUCUUCCUGGCCUAAUGGUUGACGCCACUGCGGAUAAAUUGAAAACUUCACUCAACUUGUCCGACAAAUAUCCAAUGAAUCAAUCGCAUUUAGGCCAACAGCAUACGAAGUUGCGCCACGAUGAAUGGAGCACACCGUCGUCCAAUUACGCGCCCAAUGUGCCGAAGUCUGACGAUCAGUGGGCCAGUAACUCGAUGGCCAGAACCAGUAGCGCCGAUAGUGGCCCCAACAGCAAAGCACAGUUCAACAUCUCCAAUCAGCAGCAGAAACCACAGUCCGUAUCUGCCGUGAAUGAGAACAGCGUUUCACCGGCCGGAGUGAUGGUGAACGAAUCGAACAAGCGACAUGAACAGCAGAAUGACAAUAUGACGUCCAGCUAUGUUCCGGACUUGCAGGGCACUCACGGAGCUGCGCAUCAACUACAUCAACAAGGACAUCGCAAUGCUCGCAGUGCCUCUAACUCUCAGUAUCAGCAAAACAACGGAACGAACGCACGUUUCGAUAAUGGAAUGAACAACGCUUCAUCGACGUUCUUCAAAAACAACGAGAGAUUCUACCAACAAAAUCAGACAAACAAUUACGGAACUAACAAGUCUGACUCUUCCUACCAUCAGCGAGGCUCAAUGUUCAAGAACCGGAAUGACAACGGUAAUCCCCAACCUCGUGGUGCGGGUUACAGUUCGGCCCCGGCAACCAACAACCAACCCAGUGGAGGCGUGGCCAAUAACGGCAGUAACAGUAGCAGUGGAAACUUUGGCGUCAGUGGUAUGGACUAUCGAUCGAACGCUCGCCCAGUGAAUAGUACAAGAAAUACCGGGCCUCCAUCAUCGCGGCCACACCAACGUAAUCAUUCCGGAAAUAGCUAUGGCGGUCCUCGUGGAGGAUCAAACUCCAGAGCACAAUCUUCAAUUAAUGCAUAAGAGAGCGUUCUGAGAAUGUUGAGGUUCAAACGCAUCGGAAACUAAUGAUCUACGCGUAUGUAUUUGCUGUAUUUGUAGUGACGACAAGAUAUUUUCUAAGCAAAUAGAAAUACUUCAUACUAAUUUUAACAGAAAAAUAUUCAAAAUAAGUCGAAUACAUCUUAUACAUCAUGCUAAUUAUUCAAAUAAGUCUACUUUGCUUUCCAUUGAACUCUGUAUUAUGUAAGCAAAUAUAGCAAGGUAAUAAUGAACACUUUGAGUGUAAUCAUGCAUA